CUUUUUUAUCGGGGAUUUAUUUUUUUGCGUAAUUGUCUCUAGAAGCUGAAACCGAGUGAUUUAUCAUUUAACCCGCCGGACGGAUCUUUUUUUUUUUUUAAUUAUCGUUAUCAUCAUGGUGUCAGGAGCUGGGAGGUGUCCCGGUGCGGUUGUCCGGUACCUGGUGUCCGCCUGUCUGCUGUCGGUGCUGCUCUACCUGCCGGAGGCUCAGGCGUCUAUUAACCCACAGAGUGGAGAGUGCAAAGGCAAAGGGAAGGACUGCACAGGUAAAGGCUUCUACAUAUUUAUCCCCUCCGACACCAACACCAGAACCCCCCCUGAACAGAAACAAAGCUGUCAAACUGAGGAUUUACAACAUGCCAUCUCACAGUUCCCUGUAGACACACCUGAUGUCACUGAGCCAGGAGCUGUGAGAGGAGCCAGCAGGUGCAUCUGUAACAUCAUCUGCAGCCGUCACAACGAGAACGUGGUGUGCGCCACCGACGGGAACUCGUACGACAACCCGUGUCUGGUCCGAGAGGCGUCGUGUAUGAAGCAGGAGCAGAUCGAUGUGAAGCACCUGGGAAAGUGUCCCGCUGAUAAAGAGAAAAUGGGGAAGAAAGACGACGGCAGUCCUUUCAAAGUAAACGUCUUAGAAACCAAAGGUCUGGACCACAGUGAUGGUUUCUACGCUGGGAUGCCGAUCCCCUGCACCGACAGCUACGCCGGCUUCUGUGUUCAUGGGAAAUGUGAGAUCAAAUACAACAUGGCCACCUGCAGAUGUGACUCCGGCUACAAAGGUCCUCAGUGUGACGAGCCUCAGGACUUCAACAUCCUCUACGUGGUUCCCAGUGGACAGAAGCUUCACUACGUCCUCAUUGCCGCCAUCAUCGGCGCCGUGCAGAUCGCCAUCAUUGUUGCCGUGGUGAUGUGCAUCACAAGGAAAUGUCCAAAAAACAACAGAGGCCGCCGGCAAAAACAAAACCUGGGACACUUCUCCUCGGACACAAACUCCAGGAUGGUAUAG